CGGAAAAGGCAAGGUUGGGGUGAGAGCCAAGCUUCUUCACUUUCACCGACGAGCUGCUGCUGCAGUGGCUUGACAUUCUUCACGCGUUACCGCAACGAUUUCACGACCCGACACGUACAUUCUUACAUUCACUGGGGUCCUGUCGUCAUGUCUGCCGUUGUAACAGCGCCAGGGAACCAAAAGGCUAAGCCGACAACCAGGAGUUCCAUACGACAUUCCUUAGGUUUUGCGUCCGUCGGCAAGGCCCUGGCAGAUGUGAUCAAUAAAGAGGGAAAGGAUGGCGAUAAAAACGCGAAGAAGUCACUGAAGGAAUCCCGUCGCUUGAGCGCAGUUAGCAUGGCUGUCUCUUCGUCUCGAACUGCCAACUCCUCGUCGCCGGGGCCAAAGGUGUCUGGUACACCAGACUCAAAGACCAUUACCCGACGCAGAGCAUCGGUGGCCGCCGCCUUUCAGAAACCGAGCGACCCUCCGAUGCCACAGUCGACGGCCGUGGCUCGUUCGACAUCCCUUCGUCCUCGCCCCGUGACUUCGUCUGGUCUCCCAAAAUAUCGGCCUAAGUCUGUCACUCAGGAUGUUGUCGCAAAGAAAGCGCCCUCCCCUGUGAACCCAUCCCGGAAGCGUCCCAGUACUUCGGACAAAGAGGAAGACCUCACAACCUCUGACGACGCUAAAAAGGUCGCCCAGAAAGCUUCCAGACCCAUCAGUCCAUUGCCCCAAAGAGCUGCCCUGAAGGCUAAUAUGUCGAGGGCGGCCAAUGUAACACCACCUGCUACUCCCACGAAACUCAGACCAACCCCUCCUUUGAAAACAUCCACUCGCCCCAAUAAGAUUGUCAAGGUUACGCCUGCGGCUGGACCUUCUUCAUCUUCUUCAUCUACCAAUUCUCUCGUUCCACGAACCCCCAAAACCCUCAAACCAUCUAGUUCAAAGGCCUCUUCUAUAGACAAAGCUCGUGAAAGCUCGUCCUCCAGAAAUUCCCAUCGUUCUCUUAACGAAUCGCCACUCGCACGUCAUUCAAGACAGAUCUCCAAAACUAACGUUCCCGCUUUGUCCCAUGCUGGCAACAUGUCCCAUAUUUCGGAAGGUGGCAGCGAUGACGGAGAUGAGGAGGAUGUAGAAUUACUUCUCGCUCCUGUUGCUGUCAUUGACGCUCCGACACCUGCUAUGCCGCGCAUACUUGCUUCUCGCCAACGACAUGCCCCAGAAACACCAUCCCGAUCCACAUUUCUACCAUCCCGUUCAGAUCUUUCGUACGCCUCCCCCCAGCUGCCCAGUAACGACAGCCCAGCAUCUCUUCGUCCUCACCCAAUUUCAAGAGGUGCUCCUAGGGGAUCCAUUCUCUCAUGGGAACAACUUGCUGAUGAAGCGUCGCGCACUCUUGGUGAAGAUGAGAUCCAGAACAUGAUAUCUGAUGUUCCUGCUCCAUUCAGGUCAGGAACAGCAUCUCCCGUGCUGUCGACUGUGCAUUUAGAGUUACCCGAGAGCCCGUGCCUCAGUGCCAUGAACUCGCCUGGUGGUUAUGGAUCCAUUUCGCAAGUUUUAUUGCCCGAGGUCACCCCUUCUCCGGCUAUACAUUCUCGUCGCCAAAGCCGUGGACCGCCGGAAGUCCCUGCCAUUGAUGGGGCUAUUGUGACCUUGCUUCGGUUGCAACUAGAAUCUUCGGAGCAUACCGCAAAAGAACGCCGUAUUCAGCUGCAGUCGUUGGAGGAGGAACUUCACCAUGUGAAAGAUGCUCACAUCCGUGACGUAGAACAGCUCGCACAGCAGAUCAAACAUUUGGAGGACCAGCUCCGUAGCAGUUUGGAAGUUCGCGAGCGUUCUGCAGCCGAGCAGGCAUCGUAUAUUGCUAGCUUAGAGAGUCAACUGAAGAAGGUCCACCCAUCCGAUGGCUAUAAUACCAUCUCGAAGGCCCAGGUCCCCGUGCAGGAUCUACUUGUACAAGAAAGGAAGCUUCACUCCGAAAGGCUGAAAUGGGGCCGUGCGUCUUCUGCUCAUGUAGCCGCCAUGCGUUGGACAUCUGUCAAGGAAUUUGCGGAGAUAGACCUCGACACUGUCCAGAGUGACCAGGAUGUUUUGUCGCUUCUGUUGGGUGAGCUGGAUCUCAUUCAUAAACAGCUGGCUAUAUCUGUCUAAACGUAUUCUGUGCGUUUCUGCCUUAACUGUAUCGCGUCGACUCUGCUGAUUUUACUUCCCACUAGUAUCUUUCUUGUAUAUAUCCCUAGGAUCACUUUAUACCUUUUGCAUUGUAUUUUUACCCAGCAAUCUAUCAUAGUUAAUCAUGCGUCUCUCAC